AUGGCCGGAGCGGCUAGUUACAUCACUGGCCAACGCGCGGGGCAGCCGACUGCUCUUCCAUUCGCGUCGCGCGUCGACGGCAUCACCACACCGCCACCCCUCAACACCAUGGUCAUUCGCACCAUUCACGAUCUGAACGCCCGACGACUUAUCUUGCCGCCGGCUCAGCCUAGCCCCUCUACCGACACAGAGCGCUUUUCUCUCGCUGAUGCUGGUCAUCUGAAGCUAAAGCUACAAGCUCUCGAUCGCGCCAUAUCGAGCAUACGGCCAGAUAGUCCUAGCGAAGAUGAUAUUACCAAUAUUAACGAUGCCUGUAAAGCAAACCCCUCUGGAGGAUCCGUCUACGUCGCUGGCUCGGAGAGGUUCUACCUCGUAGUAAAAGGCCUCACGGGGCCGCGCGCCACUGCCGAUGCUUAUGCUGAAGCAUACAAGAACGUGCUGCGAGGCAGGCCCUAUGCUAAUAAGUACAAGCUACCCGGGUGGGCGGGGCCAACACCUAUAUUCUCAGAGAUACGUCCUCUACUACGAGAUAUUGACAUUGCCUGCGAAACCAACCUCGAAAGCGCCUUUGCCAUACUUGAGGAAAGAGUGGAACCCGGCCUUAUGGACAAAGAAAGCGCAAUAAAAUAUGGCCACGGCCUCAAGUGUUUACACAUGUCAACUACAAUAAACCCGACUAUCCUGCAGCUUCUGAAAGAGCUGGAAUUUCAGUUCCGUAAAGAUCCAUCCGGCGGGUGUUACCCCUCAGAAUCAUGGAUGAACCCCAUGGGCCGCAUAUACUACAUGCUCAAGCUUGAGCGUAUCAGUAUCACCUUCACGGAGAGUGAAUUCUACCGCUUAACUGCAGCGGGGUCUACGGAUCCUAAAGCUUUGGAAGUACUGCGGAUUCAAUACGAGAAGUUGGAGCGCUUUGCCAGAUGGUUUAUUAAACAGAUUCCGGCGUCUGUGAACCUGCGCGCGCUUGUCGAACGAAAGCUAUAUCGCGACGUGACCCUAGGCUGGCACAUUGAGGAGGACGACAUUCCGUCACAAGAUCUAUGGCCAUUCUACCGGACAAUCCAGUCGCGGCCUGAUCUAUCGAAAAAGACCGAAAGUCUCAACAUCAAAGUCAUUGAUCGGCCAAUAAGUAUCGAGACCUCAGCGUCUGGUGUUGUACCACAGGGUGCGAUGUUUCCUUCUAUCAUUCAUGCAAGAUGGCCAGAAGUCUUCAUCGCAUGCGCCCUUCUUUUCUGGCAAAUGACCGAGCUCAAACACCUUAGCUUGUCGAUUGCAAAGUACGACGAUGACGACAGUGGGAGGCCCAUGCUCGUUCCUGAUUGCUUGAGCAGGCUACUCCUCAAUUUCGAUAGUCGCAUAGCACAUCUUCAAUCAUUCCCUGGACUACAGAAGCUACAAAGCCUCAAAUUUCAAGGCACUGUGUUCCAUUGGAUACUCGCCAAGUUUCCAUAUCUGGAGGAUAUUGUUCUCACUCGUGCCAGCCAAAUUUUGGCCGAUGGGGCCUCGUCUGAAGUUAAUUCUGCUGUCAAAUCCCUCAAAGUCCCAGUACAAUCCGACGUUCUCAGUUCAGCUUGUACCUACUACGACGCCUUAUCUCCCUUUCUCGCACACUUUCCUUGCUUGGAAACUUUACGCAUGCCCUUCAAUGAUGCCGACGACGGAAUAGCCGAACACCGUAAGGAUUUCCCUCUCGAUACCAUCACACUGGGUAGCUACAAUGUCUUGCUGCGGAGGCUCCAGCCAGUGGAAGCUGUUUUGAUCCGGCUAGAACUAGACGUAUCGGCUCAUUGCGGUGAGGUCGACACCUACUUUUUAGACGACGUACUACCCGGAGAUGGCUUCCUCAAGUUCAAGGCGCUCAAGCAUCUUUUGGUACCUUAUCAAUGCCUGUUCGGACGAGCUGACCCGGAAUGGUCGCAUAUUCUGCAGCCGGCGGAUGAGAUUCUGCCAUCAACCCUCGAGACUCUGAAGGUGCAUUUUCCGGAGCUUACAUUCCUUGAGUGGCUUACGACCUUACCUUGUUAUCGAAAUAAGCUUCCCCUGUUACAAUACAUUGGUGUUGCAUGCUCGAGUUGGGUUGGAGCCGGAUACGAGGACCUUGAGUUCAUCUCUUAUCCGCAACCCGCGCUGGAUAUCCUUCCCUCGAUGGGUAUCGAGUGGAGUAUUGAUGUUCCAGAGUGCUGCUGGGAUCAGGCAUGGGAUGACUAUGAUCUUCGGACUUGGGAUGCAGUUGCGUGGAUGGACAGGACUUUUGGUCUUUCUUAUCGCGGCACGGUGUUCAAUCUCACUCCUGGUGACAACUCGGAGCUAUAUCCUUCCCGCGUCAUCCUCGAGGAAGAACCGAAAAGCGCAGAUGUAGUCGAAGUCACUCCUAAUGCUGUGGUGGCGGAUGUUGAUGCUGGAGACUCCCCUAUCUUGCCAUUCACUGCCUCCGAGCUAGACAUCUUGUUGGAAGCAACCACUGCUCUGCUCCAAGCAUGGUAG